AUGUCUCCGCAAUGGGAAACCGCCAAAAACUGCCACCGAGCAUUAACCCUCCUAUCCCGAAACAUCCAACACUCGAGCACAGUCCCAAGCCUUCACAGACCCGAGGACGAUAACGACCCCGAAACCCGCAAAAAACGCCGCCUGCACUCCCAUCCUGUUACGAGGAAUUCUCGACUAGGGCCUGCAAGCUUCGAGAUGACCCAUGAUGGACCGGAGCAUCCUAGCGACAAGGACGAUAAUACUAAUGACCCUAGUUUGGGCGUCUCGAAUAUAUCGUACUCUAAUGAGAUACAAGUGUCGGAUAAUCCGCCGGGUUUAGUACAAGGUGGGAAUAGGUUGUUGUUGUCUCCUACUACGGUGCAAAGUCCGGAGGACCGGCUUUUCUUUCCGGAGGGUGGUUCGCAUAGUAUGAUGGAUUUCGAUCUGAAUAUGGUGGAUUUGUUGCAGGGGGCGAACUUUGAUAAUCUGUUUGACAUGUUUGGGCAGCAGUAUCCGAGUUUUUGA